AUGUCUCGCAAUUUGUUCCAAGGUGCCAUUCCUCCCUCAUUUUCUAAUAUUCAUCAGCUACGAUAUUUAGACUUGUCAAAUAACAAUUUCUCAGGACAACCAUCUGAUUCCAUUGGAGGUCUACACCAACUUGAUAUAUUAGACUUGUCUAAAAAUAAAUUUCAUGGAAAGCCACUACCAGAGAACUCAAACUUAGCUUCACUAUCUUCUCUGCUUCUGAAUGACAAUCAAUUCGUUGGGGAAAUUCCAAGCUAUCUAUGUCAGAGUAGGCUAAUGUUUGUAGAUAUAAGUGAAAACCAAUUGUCUGGAAAUCUGCCGAGUUGUUUGAGUAACCUUUUUCUCAUUAUCCUUAAUGUCGGAGGAAAUAAUCUGGAAGGCCAAUUACCUAAUGACUUAUGUAAUUACUCUUCUCUUCAAUAUUUAGAUCUUUCUAGAAAUCAUUUCUUCGGAGAAAUUCCAUCUUGCUUCAAUCUGUCUAGCUUGGAAUACCUCAAUCUAAAUGAAAAUCUACUCACAGGUUUAAUUCCCAUAGCUUUGUCAGGCACCCCUUUGAAAAUAUUAGACAUUGGAAACAAUGAAUUUUUUGGUGAUAUCUCUAGUUGGAUAAGGGGAGCUAUCCUUAACCUCGAGAUACUUUCUUUAAAAGGAAAUAAUUUCACAGGACCAAUAUCGGAAAAAAUAUGCAACUUGAAAUAUGUUCGGAUACUAGAUCUUUCUCAUAACAAUUUCUCCGGACACAUACCUUCAUGUCUCGACAAUAUGGGGCAUGUUGAGAGCGUGCGAUCUUAUUCUGUGGAAAUUAACACAGGAAUAACUUGGGAAUUUCAUCCCUCUUACAAAGGCAUUAUUGAGGUGAAGGAUUAUGGUGGUUAUCUCACAAUAAUGGAAGUUGAAGACAUUGACUUUGAGACAAAGAGCAGAUCAUACAUUUACAAGGGGAGCAUCAUAAACUAUUUUUCUGGACUAGACUUGUCUUGCAACCAACUUGUCGGUAAGAUACCAAUGGAGAUGGGCAACAUGAGUUGGUUACGAGCUUUGAACUUAUCUAACAAUCAACUUUCUGGGCUGAUUCCUGAUACAUUAUCAAGGUUGACAAAUAUUGAAAGUUUAGACCUCUCCUGCAACAUGUUGACAGGAAGUAUACCUACACAAUUAGCAGAGCUAUAUUUCAUAGAGGUCUUCUCAUCGAUUCCAAGAAACAGCAGGAACACCCUUUCCAUUGCAACCCUUAUACCAAAAAAAAUUCUUAACAAUCUUGGUGAUAUCUCGAAGGAUAGAAUCAGGAAUAGGGUAAAUCGAGAGGUAAUAAAUGGGAAUCGAAAGGAUGUUGGUGUUGAUGAGAAUGGAUUUAGCUGCCAAAGAUAG